AUGUCUCUCGAUUUCUCCAAAAAUGUCGUGAAAGACUACGCAAAACUUCUAUCGACAGGCGAUUAUUCGGAUGUGAUAAUUCAAAUCGGUGAAUAUCCUGACUAUAAAGAGUAUCAGGCUCAUUCAUUGAUCUUGAGAACGCGAAGCAGUUAUUUUGAAACUUCCUUGUCAACAACUUGGUCAAAGAACGUGGGUGAAAACAUGAUUAUUUCUAAACCAAACUUUAAACCAAAGAUCUUCGAGAUCAUACUAAAGUACAUCUAUGUCGGAAAAAUCUUCCUGGAGGACUUGAAGAAUACGGAAAUUUUUGAUCUGCUAAUCUCCUGUGAUGAACUAUGUUUGCAGGAAGUCAUGGACCCAAUUCAAGAUUACAUUCUUACCAAAAGAUGCGCAUGGCUUGAGAAGAACCUCGCAUUCGUUUAUAACAUCAGCUUCAAGUUAUCGACAUUACGAAAGCUACAAACCUACUGGAAUGUAAUUACGUGUCACAAUCCAGACGUACUGCUGAACUCCUCGGAUUUUUUUCGAUUGGACCAAGAAGUUUUGUUGCAUAUUGUGAGGCGUGAAGAUUUUGACGUCGAGGAAUUGGGAAUUGAGGAAAUAGAAUUAUGGAAGAAACUUAUUCAUUGGGCAAUCUUUAGAAUCUCAAAUAAUAAAAAGAUUCCAUGCAAAGACAUCUCUGAGCUGGGCUUUGAACCCGAUGAAUUUUCUGAUUUGUGCACAAAACUCGACCAAUUUGUUAAAUAUAUUAAUUUCUACAGGAUUAAUGCUGGAGAUUUCUAUCAUUGGGUAAAGCCGUUCAAGAUACUUUUUUCAGAGGAUCUUUACGAGGAUCUAUUGCAUUUUCAUCUAUCACCCGGGACUCAUAGGGGCGCUCUGGCCCAAUAUUUUUCAAGACGUUUUAAGACCAAGAACAUUUCGAUUGAUUCAAUAAUAGUCAGGCCAUACUAUCUACCUUUGAUUUGUACUUGGAUUAGAAAAGAAGAAACAAGUUUUAUUAAAACACAAACGAACACGCACAUCCUCUAUGAUUUCAAAUUAUUAUCUCGAGGGGGAUUAAACGAAGAGGGUAAGGCUUGUAUGAAUCCGAAUCUUGAUUUAAAAACUUUUCUCAACGCUACCAAGUGUAAAGGGCCUACCUUAAUCCUUAUGGAAAUUAAUCAUUGGGAUGAAGACGAUUAUACUGUCUGUGGCGUAUAUAAUCCGUUGGAUUGGUGCAGUCAUCUUCCUUCAUCGUCAUUAACAAAUGAAGAAAAGAGCUGUCGAGGAAAAAUGUACGAUGGUUUCAUAUUUAAUCUGGACAACGAGAAGAUUUGUAGGGUCCAAGACCCGCGAAAAAGAAUCACAAAAAAAUAUCAGGUUGGCUACAAUUUUAGUGUAGGGACUGAGGAUUUGAACGUUAAUGAAGAAAUGUGUUCGUCGUCGGCAUUAUCCAUCAAUUUGGGUUAUAUCCAAAUUACGAAUGUUGAUAGCGAAAAAGAAACAAUUAUUAAAUUGAACAUAUCCAGAGCUGUGAGAUGGGAAAUUUUUCAAGUUAUCGAAAAAGUCGAUUAA